CGAGAGAAGGAUAACAGCCCAACUGCAAAACUUUUCAAGUAUAAAUUUCGUGGAUUUGUCAGUGUCGGUUACGCUUUGUCGAUUCUUCAUUAGAUGGCAUUCCAUCAAUGCUAGACGAAAACCGAACGUCACCUUCGACCCGCUAAAGGACGUUUACGACGAAUCGAUGUGAGCCAAGAAGCCUGUAUAGGAUAAGAAAAGCACAGAACGAUGCAGGCAGAUGGCGUUCUAAUGUUCAUCCUAAUCGUUCUAGUCAUACUAUCUUCCGUCCACUUGGCAGAUGCUAAGAAAAAUAAGACAAAAACAUCCAGGCGCAAUAAACGAAGAGGCAUGACGACGAGCAAAUUCGUAACGAACAUCUUGAAAGGCUACGAACGGCAGGAUCCUCCUCCAAAUGGACCAACAAACGUGCGCCUUGGCAUUUACAUAAAUAGCUUUUACGCAAUAAGCGAACAAACCAUGGACUAUUCGUUAAACGUUUAUUUAAGACAAAAUUGGACGGACAGAAGAUUAAAAUUUAAACCUCGAAAAAUCAAUGGAAUAAAUACCACAGAAAUAAAAUUAGAAGAUGAAACGUGGAACAAGAUUUGGAUUCCGGAUGUUUUUUUUCGAAAUGAAAAAUUAGCUAAAUACCACGAUAUAACAACUCCAAAUAGGCUACUGACGCUAAAGAAUAGUGGUAUGUUGUGGUAUGUUUCCAAAAUUACCGCAACGCUUUCCUGCCCGAUGAAAUUGCACAAAUACCCUCUAGACACACAAACUUGUCCCAUGAUGUUCGAAAGUUUUGGAUACACAACGGACACCUUAGUUUACGACUGGCUGGAUAAUCCAGUUGAAAUGGAUUCUGGUCAGCUGGAUUUACCUCAGUUUAGGUUCGUCAAGUUCUUCCUAAAAGAUUGUUCCCAAAACUAUACGACUGGUUCCUAUCCUUGUUUGUCGGUUAACUUCGUUCUUAAGAGGGAUAUCGGCUAUUAUAUGAUUCAAUUGUAUAUACCAAGCGUUCUCAUCGUAAUUCUUUCCUGGGUUGCGUUUUGGAUAAGUAUAGACGCCAUACCGGCAAGAGUAACAAUAGGCCUGCUUACUGUAUUGACGAUGACAACACAAUCGACGGGGAAUAGGUCGCAGCUUCCUCGUGUUUCCUACAUAAAAGCAAUAGACGUUUGGAUGUCGAUGUGUUUGAUCUUCGUUUUUGCUUCUCUUCUAGAAUUUGCCGUUGUUAAUGUAUUUUCAAGAAAGGAAAUUCGUCAAUCAGCUCGUAAUACGUUCCGGAAAAGAGCAUUGUUAGCAGGUCAUGCAGCAGCGGCAGCACAACCUACACAUCAGGAGGAGAUUGCACUUGAACAGGUUUUAAUCAGUUUUCCUCUCUUUAUAACACUUUUCUUGUAAACACAAUUUUUCUCUUACCCACCUACCUCCAUUAGCUAUUAAUCCAUUAUUGAGAAAAAGUAGUUUGUUAUUCUUAACCUCACAGAUUAACAUUAUCAACAACGGACGCAAUUUCCGCGAAGCAAUGGACAAGCGCGGUUACGUCCGAGAUCCGGAUGGUCGACAAAAGGCCAGAAAGAUCGAUAAAAUAUCAAGAAAAGCCUUUCCACUAGCCUUUCUCACCUUUAACAUUGUCUACUGGACAGCCUACAUUUUCGUCUAGAGGAAUGGAAGGAAUAGAUGAAAAUAACUUUUACUUGCCAUGACAUACAUACCAUGUCUCUCUCUCUCUCUCCCAUAUCUGUCUAUCUAUAUCUCUAUCUCUAUCUCUAUUUCUAUCUCUCUCUCUCUCUCUCUCUCUCUCGCUCUCGGUGUAUAUGUAUAUUCUUGUAUACUUCAUAUACAGCAUAUACAGU